AUGAGACAGAUUACAUGGAGCAAGGAAGACAAUGGAAGGAAACUUCAGGGGCUUUCCACUUUACCAUCCGAAUCAGUACCAGGGCUCUGGUCGAGCGUGCAAAUAAGCAAUAUCAGUGCAAAGGAUUAUGGGAGAUAUAGAUGCGAGGUGUCAAAGGACAAUGGAACUGACGUUUGUUCAGUAGUUCUCCAUGUUAAAACCCAUCCACAUUUCUCAAAAGCAAGAGGAUUCUUCACCACAACCCCGCAAAUUCUUUUAGAAGGUCACAAUCCUGUAUUCUAUUGCUACGCCAGCGGUUGGCCAAAACCAUCCUUCACCUGGCUUAAGGAUGAAGUGGUAGUAAAGGAUGGUGACGGUAAUCAUUCUUACGGGUUAACGAAAAGAAAUGGCUUGCUUCUCAGUGGUCUGGACUUGGAGAUUUUUUAUGUUAGACAGAAGGAAGAUGAAGGACGAUACACAUGUGUAGCAAAGAAUAAAUUUGGCGAGAAACGUUAUCAAAUCAAGCUUUUUGUAAACAAAAAGUCCCAGUCUCAACCAAAAGUCCAUCCUUACGCAUCUAUCGAUCAAGUAACCAUUAAGAAAAGCGACAAUGCUUUAUUGAAGUGUGUGGGGGAGAAUACCCCAAAUUCAACCACAGUUGUCUUCUGGGCGUUCAAAGGAAAGACAUUACCCCUGGACGGUAACAAUGGGCUGCAUCAUGAGUCAAACUACGUCUUUUUUGAGGAGCAUUCCAUUCCAAAAGUUAAUUUCUCAUUGCUGAUAAAGAACGUCACGGAGCAGGAUACUGGGGCAUAUCACUGUAAGGUCUUAACUCUAAAAGGAAGCGACUCUGGUACAAUUCACUUGAAUCUUGUUGAAUUAAAUGAAGUCAAAGAUUCUCGGGAUGGGCAAAGCAAAACUUCUUUGACAGAGUUCCUGCUGGUAGGCGUCGGAAUAUUUUUCGGUCUGCUGACGGCUGCUAUCGUUUAUCGACAAUGGAAGAGGAGCAGAAAACAUCGGAAACAUAACACUAAAUCGAAGGACUUUCAGUACGACGUAUUUAUCAGCUUCAGUACCCUGGACUACAAUUGGGUGAGAGACAACCUUACACCUGUUUUGGAGAGCAAGCGAAUCAAUUACUGUAUUCACAGUCGGGACUUCAUUGUUGGAAAGGCUAUAAUCGAGAACAUUGCAGACAGUAUCUAUAAUAGCAGAAAGGUACUAGCGGUCAUUUCACGAAAUUAUCUUGACAGCAACUUCUGCCGUGAAGAAUUGGAAAUUGCGAUGCACCGUUCUGCUGAAAUGGCUGAUUCAUCUCUCCUGCUAAUUCGACUCGAUGGUGUUGAUACGAAAAACCUUCCCAAGACACUGAGGAGGAGGACGUUCUUGGAUUACUCGAGCAACAUGGAAAGAGUUGACUGGGAGGAAAGACUAUUAAAGCAAAUUCAGUUCGAUGCCAGGGGCUUUCAUAUGAAUGGGAAAUCAAAUUUUUCAACAGAUACGGUCCAACUUAUCAGCCAUCUCUAACGUGAUAUGUGCAUCCUUUUUUUUUCCCUGAGCAAAGUAGUAUUUAGUCAAAAUAUACA